AAACAGCGCGUCGCUGUGAAGUCGUGAAGCUAAAAAAUUUGCCGCUUAAAGAUAUUGUUGUUCUCUUAACUAUUGACUUGUUUUACCACUCGAUUGCUCAACGUUAUAUACGGCAUUGACAGAAGAAUGGGACGCACGAAGUCUACAAAUGACAACGGUAGCAGUGGUAAUCAUAGUGAUACGGACGAAGAAUUUGUUGUAGAGGAGGUCGUGGAUCGACGCGAGAGAAAAGGGAGGGUGGAGUAUUUGUUAAAGUGGAAGGGCUAUGAUUCCAGCAGCAAUUCAUGGGAACCACGCGAGAAUCUCGACUGUCCGGAACUGAUCAAAGCAUUCGAGCAAGCUCGUACUGAGGGCAAGAAGGAGUCUGGAAAAAAACGCACUUCCAAGAAAAAGAAGGCCAGUGGAGACUCGGAUGACAACGAUGGGUCCGAUGACGAAGGACGCGAUGAUAAUUUGUCAGUAAAAUCAAGCAAAUCUAAAACAAACGACGAGGUGUCCGAUGUAAAGAUGUCGGAUAUUGACGCGGCAGAUGACCAAAAUGGAUUCGAGAAAGGUUAUAUUCCAGAAAAGAUACUCGGAGCCACAGAAGCGGACAAUGAACUUCUUUUCCUGAUCCAGUGGAAGGACAAGGACAAGGCACAGCUGGUGAAAUCAAAAGUUGCCAGAGUGCACUGUCCUCAGCUCGUGAUAGACUUUUACGAGGAACGUCUAAUUUGGCAAGCAGCAGAACAGAGCUGAAUAAUUCACUAAGCGUGGCUUAAUGAGCCUAUAUCUAUAUACAUGUUUUUUCUUCAAUUUAUCAUGAUUGAUUACUAUGUUUAAUACUUCUUUUUUUACGUAUAAUAGAUAAAACAUUUUCCCACGCAAUUGUAUUGUAAAACUCAAUAAAUGUAGCAAUUGCCUUGAUGCUGUCGGCGUUAAUUUGUUCACAAGCGGAAGAUGAUUUCCAAGAACAGUAAAGCUAUAUUACACAACAUUUAUUUGUCUGUUUCAUUUUAGACUUCGAUCAGUAGUGGUUACAUUAAAAUUCAACCGAUACAUGCUCGCUUAAUGCUAAACAUUCAAUUACGUGAGGGAAAAGAAUUAACUAGGUAUUACCGUUUAAUGAAAGGUCCUUUUGAGUUUAUUUUGUUAGACACAGGUAACUUCGCAUAUAGUAACAAAUUGUUAUUGUGGCAAUCGAAUGGAUUUUAUCAAUUGAUUAUGUGUCAGUGAAAAAAAAACAGAAGAUGGAAUACAUGCGAUCCUAGACAGUAAAAUCGUAACGAACCAUUUUUGUAACGGAAAAGAAAUAAAAAUA